AUGCAGACAAUCUCCGAGGACUUUGCGACGUUGGCAACGCCCGGACCCUUUUCUCUGCAGCGGCCCGAUAAUAGGACGUCGUUCAGGGAACACGGAGGCAUCUUUGUGGACCAAGACCUGCCAAGCCAUGAAGCUGUCAGUGCGCGGGUGGCAGGAGCCACAACAGAGCGGACCUGGUGUGAAAUCUCUAGGAAAUCUCUAGACAAAUACGUGCCUGUGGUGAUGAGCAUCAUCAUUGGUUCGUACUUUGGCGUGGGAGUUCGAGUGCUGCUUACGGAGUUUGCCAAUGCCAUGUACAAGAUUCAAACCGAGUUGUUAGUGCUGCUGGGCUUCAGCUUUUACCUGCCAAACGUGGUAGGCUGCUUUGUCAUGGGCCUCGCUAUCCGCAUGAAGCCAGUGCUACGUGGUCAGUAUGACGUGCUACUGACGGGAGUGACGACAGGAUUUUGCGGUAGCUGUACCUCUUUUGCCAGCUGGGACCUUGAAGCGGCCCUUAUGUUCGUCCAUGGCCGAUGGUUGAACGCCAUUUUGAUGCUGUGUGUACAUGUGGCAAGUGUGAUGAUGAGUCUUCGAUUUGGCGUGCACGUGGCGGAGGGGAUAGUGCACUACUUUACUCUGCAAGAGUAUCCAUUCCGAAAACCACCGGCUAACCUUGGACAGCUGAAUCUGGACCUAGAGAGGAAUAUCAACCACUUUCGAGCGAUGAAGAUGCAUACUUUCGGACCAUUGGUUGCUCGACGAGUGCAAGCUACGGAAGAAUCGCUGGCUGUGGCGAGAGACUCUUGCAACGAAUUGAUGGCGGAAAUUAUUCAAGUGGAACAAGAACAGCACCCGAUUGACCACAACAAUAUGGUUUGGGUCGUAAUAACCUUCGCGCUUACCGUGCUUUUCUGGGUGCUGGCAUUCUGUGGUUUCGACAGCUAUCUUAGCUCGAGAUUUCUGGCGCUUUGUUUUGGUCCAUUCGGUGCACUGCUGCGGUGGUACUUGUCGAUGUACAACAGCAAACCCAUGUGCAAACGGUUCCCUUUCUUUACUUUCUUACCGAACAUAUCGGCAUCCUGUCUCAGCUGUGUUAUGGAGAUUAUUGGUAGUGUUGUGUACAAGGACAGUGCGUCUGCCUACCGUCAUUUCGUGAUAUUCGGCCAAGGAGGCAUCAUGGUCGGGUUCCUGGGGUCACUUUCCACGGUUUCUACGUGGGUGAACGAGCUGGAUGGUCUUUCGUCGCGGCGCUUGUUGUGGGCGUAUCGUUACGGUCUCGCGAGUGUCAUUAUCUCGCAGCUCGCGAGUGUUUUUGUUCUAGGCAUGUACAACGUGUACGGCAGUGAUCCUCUCAUGGGAUAA